GGGCUCCGGUGGCCCCGCCCCGAGUUCCCGGAAGCGGCCUCGGGGCUGGGUCCCGGUGCGUCGUUGGCUGCCCGCCGCCCCCAGCGCCCUCGGGGCGGGGACCCCGGGGCCAUGGCGCGCGGCCUCCGGAGCUGGCUGGGUGGCUGCCUGCUGGUGACAGCAUUAGGAAUGGUGCCUCCUCCUGAAAACGUCAGAAUGAAUUCCGUUAAUUUCAAGAACAUUCUGGAAUGGGAGUCGCCUGCUUUUCCCAAUGGGACGCUGACUUUCACAGCUCAGUACUUCAGUUACAGGAAGUUCCAGGACAGGUGCGUGGGCACCGCCGCCACGGAGUGUGACUUCUCAGAGCUCUCCAAGUACGGCGACCACACCCUGCGCGUCCGGGCCGAGCUCGGGGACGAGCACUCCGACUGGGUGAACGUCACCUUCUGUCCCAUCGAUGACACCGCUAUCGGACCUCCUGGCGUGCAAGUGGAGGCACUUGCUAAUUCCUUACACAUACGUUUCUUGGCCCCGAGAAUUGAGAAUGAACAUGAGACGUGGACCAUGAAGAACAUUUAUAGCGCGUGGCUUUAUCACAUGCAAUAUUGGAAGAACGGCUCGGACACCACGUAUCCAGUGACUUGUCAGCAUGACUUCGAGGUCCUCAGGAACCUGGAGCCGUGGACCACCUACUGUGUUCAAGUCCGGGGCUUUCUUCCCGAUCGGAACAAAACCGGGCAGUGGAGCGAGCCCGUCUGCGAGGGAACCAUCAGCGACGUUCCUGAGCCGCCCCCAGCACACCCGGCUCCUGCUCCUCUCCUUCCCGCCCUCGGACCAGAACGAGGUUUUCGACAAACUGAGUGUCGUCACCGAAGUCGAAGUCUCGGAAAGCAGCCAGCAGCCCCCAGGGGACAGCGGCGGCCUCGGGACCUCGUCGGGGCAGGGCCGGCCCUCCAGCUAGUCCCUGGGGAGGGGUACACCCCACUUCUCAGCGCUGCCUCUGAGGGCGACCAGCAACGAGGCCGGGACCCCAGCCCGGGACUCAGACGCUGGGCCAGGUCCGGAGCCUCGAACCCAAGCCUGGGUUUACCUGCCAAUGGCCACUCGGCCCGAGGACUCCUCGCAGGGGGCCCGGCUGCUCACAGAGGCCCCGGUGAGUAAGCAGUCGCCACAGGGGCCGUGCUGCUCAGCCUCUCUGCUCACUGACAUAGGAACACGCCUCAGUUGUGAGAAAGAAAAGCACUGGCCUGAGGGAUAAGAGCGGAUCCUGUAAGAUCCGACCGACCGACCGACCGCCCACAGGCCAUCGGGAAACGGUUCUGGACAGCGCGGACUCGGGGUGCCUCCUCGGGGUCCUGUUCCUCCUGUUCUGCGUGGGGCCGGCGCUCCAAUAAAGUUCUCUCUGGUCCCCACGUGCUCACGAAGCCACACCGCAGAGCUGUCACCUGCAUGAGGCUCUUGCGGGCCUUCUUUGUUACUAUUAUUAUUAUUAUUAUUAUUUUGGUUAUUCCUCAUCAUUUUCCCAUUGAUUUUGAUCUUA